AUGAGCGUGCGGCGUCUCGUCCUCUCCGCAGGGGUUUCCCUUCCGUGCGUCAUAACCCGUGGCGCGCCCUUGUCUGUGGUCGCGGUCGCGGUCACGGUCACGGCCGCCUCCGCCGCCGCUAUGGCCGUGAACCCCGCCCGGCGCCAUCAGAAGACCUAUGCUUCUCCGGAAUACUCGGGGAUAUUCGAUGUUGUGAUCGCACGUCGCUCUGAAAUUGCUGUUUGGUUAUAUGCUAGAGAAGAUAGACCCAACGAAUUAAAGUUUGUUUCUAUUGCUUAUCAGCCGAAGUGGCCAGGCGUAGCCAGGCAAAUUUCGGGAUCUCAUUACAUGGCUAUUUCAGAGCCUUUGCCCCGGCGUGUUGGGUAUGUGUUGAAAGUUAUUGCUCUGCAGCUAGGCGCUGAAAGGUUCGAGCGGUUUACACAUCGCUCCUUUGCUCCAUCGCCCGGCCAUAUCGCUCCUUUGGAAGCAGCGCGCGGCACGGCGCUGACGUCACCCAACACGUGCCACAUUCCCGGGCGCGCUGCGUACGGCUGCGUGCGGCCUGCGUGUCGCCUCGCCUCGGCUCGCCUCGCGUUGCCGGCCUGGCCCGGCCCGGCCCUGCCCUGCCCUCCCCGCCGCCGCCGCCGUCAGUGGGUCACGCGGCCGCCCGCCCCGGGCCGCGCCGCUGGGCCUACCUGCUGCGCCGGUCUCGGGCGCGGCUUGUUUGGCCCGUUGCGUUGCGUUGCGUUGCGUUGA